CAGAUAAUAUUCCUACCGAAUUUAUCUCUUGAAAAAUAUUGCGAAAAAACUUUACCGUGAUAAUUCGAACUUUCGACUUCAAUUAUUAAAGUGCUGUGAAUUCAAUUACUAAUAUUAAUCUAAUAUGACUCUGAAGUAUAUCCAAAAAGUGCGCGGAAAACGAUAUAAGUUGCAAUCUAAGGAUAAGAGGCGUCCUGGAAUAAUUUGCCCAGUUGUAGCCGCCAAAAAGUUUGAUGAUUUGGAGGAGAAUAAUAUUAAACCUUCAACAACUGCCGAAGAUGCACAAUUGAUACGGGCGGCAAUUCAAAAAAACGAUUUCUUGAAGAAUAUUUUAACUGAAAUUCACAUCGAAAAAAUGAUCGAACACUUACAUGAAAGGAAAGUGUCGGAAAGAGAAGUUCUACUCGAACAAGGCAACUACAGUUGUAACCUUUUCAUUAGCAAAUGCGGGACUUUCCAAGUGACGGAAAACGACAAAGUAGUGUCCAAGUUGGACGGUCAUCCAACCAUUUUCGGUGAAGUAGCUGUUUUAUAUAAAGCUAAAGCCGAGCAAACGGUACAAUCUCUUUCCGAGGGAGUUGUAUGGGUUUUAGACUGUGUCCGGUUUAAAAACCUGUUGGUGAAAUCCGCAAUCGAAAGGCAAGAUGAGUUACUACGGUACUUGAAGAACGUACCGGUACUUUCAACCGUACCGGAAGAUCGGUUGUACCCUCUGAUUGACUUGUUCAAGGUUCAAGUAUUUCCUGCCUCCACGUUGAUUAUCAAAGAAGGGGAAGUGUGUGAAAAGUUCUACAUCGUAACAGCUGGUACGGCUUUGGCACUGAAAAGGGGCACCAAAAAGGUCGAGAAACUGCCAAAAGGAAGUUAUUUCGGAGAAUCUGUUUUAAAAAAGGAGACGAGUAGCAGUAGCGUUGUGGCCAAUCCUCCGGGCGUCGAAUGCCUGGUGCUCAGUAAAACUGAGUUUUUCGGACAUUUUGCCACAUUGGACGAUCUGUUACGCGGCAAAUCUGAACAAAACGCCGAAAACUUUGAAUAUUCGAAAUUAGAUCUGAUUAAUUUUAAGAGGAUUAGAAUUUUGGGUAUCGGCGGUUUUGGUAGGGUCGAACUAGUGCAACACGUCAAAAAACGGGAGUUAAUCUUCGCGCUAAAGUGUCUAAAGAAGCACGAGAUUGUUGGCAAGAGUCAAAUAACCCAGGUGUUCAACGAAAAAAAUCUGCAGAUGGCCUGCGACAACAAUUUCAUCGUUAAGUUGUACAGGACGUUCAAAGAUAGCAAAUAUAUUUAUUUCUUGCUGGAACCGUGUCUCGGUGGCGACUUGUGGAGUUUAUUACGCAAGCAAAACCGAAAAUGCUUCGAUACGGACGCCGCCAAAUUUUAUGCAGGAUGCAUAGUGGAAGCUUUCGGCUACCUUCACUCUCACGAUAUAAUCUAUCGAGACCUUAAGCCCGAAAAUGUCAUGGUAGAUUCAAACGGUUACCUGAAACUAACGGACUUCGGCUUCUCUAGGAUAGUACACCCCAAUGAAAAAGCGAACUCAUUCGUCGGAACGGCAGAGUAUGUGUCUCCGGAACUUAUACAAAACAAACCCCACGAUAAAGGCGUAGACUACUGGGCGCUAGGCAUCUUCAUUUUCGAAAUCUUAACUGGAAAAUCUCCAUUCAAAAAUGACGAGCACAACGAUCUGAAGACUUACAAACUCAUACUGAAGGGCAUCGAUUCGGUCGUUUUUCCUGCAGCGAUAUCCCCUAGAGCGAGAAAUCUGAUCAAACGGCUCUGCAGACCUCUGUCGAUCGACCGACUGGGUUGUCUGAAGAAUGGAAUCAAGGACAUCGAGGAACACCCGUGGUUCUCGAAACUCGAUUGGGGGAAACUGAGGAGCAUGCAACUAGAACCUCCAAUCAAAAUCCAUUUGCGCGGCAACACUGAUACCUGUUACUUCGAAGAGUUUAAGCACGAAAGAGAUGACGCUCUGGAUGAUUACUCUAGUUGGGAUGAUGAAUUUUAAAUCCGAUCUUAAGAAGCAAGUGAAUAAUACUUAAGGUAAUUAUGUCACAGCUGGUGUACCGGAAAGGUAAAGUCUGUUUUUUAAAUUAAUUGUUGUUUUACUAAUGGGGGUAAACAUAUUAUAGAUGUUAGAUCUGAUUUUUCUGUUAAUGUGGUCCUUUUAAUGUUUCGUGGCCAAGACAAGCCAUCUGAUGAAUUUAGUAUAAUGCUUAUAUCAGCAUAUUACAAAAUAAGAAACUCAAUUAAAUUAUUUUAAUUACACGUUUUCAGGCUAUAAAUUAGAAAUAGUUUUUCGUUUUAUGUUUAUAAGCAAAGGUAUAUUUGUUAAGUUAAUCCUUUUUUUUUUAUUAAUUUUGACGUUUCUUAAUGUGUUCUUAAUGUUUGUUUUAGUUUUGUUUUUUUUUUAUUAAAUAAUUUAUUUUUAUGGGGAUUUCGCUAUCUGGUGAAAUAUGUAAAUGGUGAGAUAAAAAUUGUUAAUAAUAACAAUAAUAACGAGCGUAACGAUCAGAAAAUCUGCAAGCUCAUAUUUGAAGAGCGUUAUCAAAGCGGUUAAUAAUAAUUAUUCUUUGCAUUAAUAUUCUUGUGCAAAAAAACAGAUUUUAUCUUGAUUAAUGGUACGAAUGUUACAUUAUACUUUUUUACUGUGUAAAAUUGUAAAUAGACAAUUUCUGUUGUAUAUGGAAAUAAAGAUAAGUAUUAUU